AUGCGGCCACCUUGCCACGCUCCCGGACAAACCCGAGUUUGGUCGGAGGCACACGAUACUGACUUAUUUGGAUUCGAGUUAUUGGAUGGCCAUCUGUAUUUACAUAUCGAUCUUGGAAGUGGAUAUCUAAAAAAAAGAGUAUCUAAAUAUCGAAUUGAUAACAGCACUUGGCAUGAUAUUGCAUUAAGCCGUAUUGAUCGUCGUGGAAAAAUUACAGUUGAUGAAGAACUGAGUGAGUUUGAAACAAUA